AUGCACGCGUCCAGCGCCAUGCACGCAUCCAGCACAAUGCGCGCCACAUCUGACGCCGCGCACGCAUCUGACGCCGCGCAUGCAUCCGACCCUAUCUACGUAUCCGGCACUAUACAGUACAUGCAUCCCACCCCUUCAGCCCCCCACGGGCAAUCCCCUCUGCCAAUAGCCCGCAUAGGUAGAAGAUGUGUGAGGAGAGCAUCAGAUGCAAGUAAAGAGAAGAUGCGGAUGAAGAUUGUGAGGGAUAUCUACCCAUCGCUGCCGACUCGAUGA